AUGCAGGCUGCCAUAACCCUGGCUUCGAACUCCGCCCAACAGUUGCAACAACCCUUGAUCCAAAACUAUCGAUCAGACUCUGCCAGCAGCAAAUCGACAUUCAAAGAUAAAGAAGACCCAGCCAUUUGGAAGAAAGAAUGCAAGGAACACCGAAUAACAUCCUAUGAAACGGUGACAGGAGACAUCCACUUUGGUCCUCGAAGACACGAUGAGCAUCCUACCAUUGGCAAAUUGUCUGGCAUCAACUCGACGUCUUGGGAACAGUGGGUUUUUGACAGUGUAUCCGACGACGGGUCCAGCGGCAUUUUUCUUUCGCUCGGCAGAGAUGCUUCCUAUGCAUUCUUCGGACAGGGCAACUUGCACGUUGAGUUCUAUGCCCUUAUGGAAGACGGGACCAAGUUUCAAGAGUUAGCUUUUGUUGAUCAAUCCUCAAUUUACGACUGCGGGGAUUACAUUGCCAGCACCUGGACUUCCAAUAGCCACUCCUUCGAGUUUCGUGUUCCGCGAGAUACAAGCAUUGGAGCUGAAGCCACCAUUGUGGUAAGCACGCCCAAGCUCCACGGGAGAUUCCAUCUCUUGAGCUCGGCGCCGGGGCAUUUUCCCGACGGGAAUUUACACGCGUCUCCGGAAACCUUAACACAGGUGGCGCCAGGGCUACACAUGCAUGGCACCAUCCCCGCGGCCCAGGUUGAGGGUAAAAUAACAAUCAAGGGACGUCGGGGUGGAGUGACGUCGUACUCCGGAAAAGGCGGACAUAUGCAUCUGUGGGCCAUAGAUAACUGGUUCAAAAUUAUCUGGGGUUUUCAAAUCAUCCGCGGAACCGCCGGACCAUACUCAUUCUUCUACUGGGAGCCCACAUCAAGAGUUGGCGGUAGAACAACUCAUUGCACAGCCAUUCUGUUUAAAAACGGGAAAAGGCUUGUCUCUACAAAAGCAGCUAACUCAACGUAUCAGCCGCAGAACGGGGACAGGGUACAGGUCUUAGCAACUAAAAAUGGACGCGGGGUACGGGCUUCAGUUGCCGGGAGGUCAACCGGCCACGUUGUGGAAUUUUGGUCCGCUGACGGGGGACACUGGCGUUUUGAACUGGAGCAUCAGUACGUCCAAGUUCAGAUGCCAUUCGGCCGAGAUACUGGCCUUGCUGUUUUCACGAAUCGAAUGUUUGGGGGAGAAGCUGGAGGAUGUCAGUAUCUGGGCAGUGCUUUUUCAGAAGAAGCCGAGUUCCCAGAAACUCUUGCUCAGUGGAAGAUCUGGUUGGUUUACGGGAUCGGAAUGUUAGGCCAAAUCAAAGCGCAAGCAACAAACUGGCUGGCUACUCUGGGUUUAAACUUCUUGGAGUAA